AUGAGCCGACGGCGCAGUAAUACGAGCUGGUCCUCUCCGCGGGGAGAUGCCACCAGCCCAUCCAUCCUAACGACAUGUUUGGUGUGCCGCGCUCGCAAGGUUAGAUGUUCUAAUGGUAGACCGUCUUGUGCUGGGUGCGCCCGGCUUGGCUGUGAAUGCGUGUAUCCCGAGCCGCCAAAGUACGCGCUCCAAUCUUCCAGCCAGAGCAACUCCGAAGUUCUAGAUAGUCUGAAUGAAAUCCUGAGGAGGCUACCGCCAGCCACAGAAUCAAGGCCCGAGGUACAGGUUGCUGGCUCCGCUUCCACCAGUUCACAUGCAUUUACAGCUAUGGGCCAUGUUUUUGAGUGGCCAAUAUUCGCUAUGAAUAAAUCAUCACAUGGUGUUGCUUUUGGCGUAUUAGGAACCAGUCAGAUGCAAGAAAUCAGUUGCGGAGCGAGUCCUGCUUUUGGAAUGCCCCGGCUGGAUGGCGAGGAAAUAUCUGCAUUGUUGACUAGGUUCUUGAGAAUGGUCCAUAUAAUGAACCCAAUCUUGGAUUGCACUACUCUGAUGAACUAUGGGAGGACCAUUGCUGAGCUUGGUCCACAGUGGGACUCUCAGACUUGUCUUGUGCUUGUUGCUGCGGCGUUAGGCGCAAUUGCCGAUCCAUUCAGUUCCUUCGCGGACACAGUAGAGACCCUUUCAAGCUCUUCAUCACGGCAAGACGGAGCCCAAUCUCGUCAAAGAGCGGAGUCGUAUUAUCAAUCCGCCAGAAGACGGUUUGGCCUGCUUGGCAUAAGUCUUACAGCAUGUCACUGCCAUUUAUUAUCCGGCAUAUACCUUUUGUAUACCUUACGUCCGAUAGAAGCUUGGAACGCGUUCUUUCAAGCUUCAUCUCUCUAUACCGUGUAUCUCAAAAGCCAAGCCGCGAUGCGCAUUACAAAUGAGCCAGACAGUGUUGAUAUGGAUAUGCUGCCCGACGAUCACGACUGUCAUGACGAGCUGAGGGAGUGCCUUGAGCAGCGACUGUAUUGGAGUUGCAUCAAAUCCGAAAGUGAAGUGUGCGCCGAAGUCGAAUUACCGAAAUCUGCUCUACAUACCAUGGACUACCCCUACCAAUUCCCUUCGCCUCCGACACCAAAGAGCGUGGACGGCUUAGACGACAGCCAAUACCAUGGUACAUCAGCAUCCUCCGCCACCACAAUUUUAUCAUCUUGUCCUCCCCCAGCUGAGAUUCAAGAUUUUAAAGAGCUUCAUGAGAGCUCAUGGUUCAACUAUCUCUCGGAGAUUUCACUCUCCCGGCUCUCGAAUAGCGUCGAUCAGGCGUUUUAUAUGACACCUUCAGCUUCUUGGACGAGCAUGAAUUUACUCGACAUGAUAACCAUGGCAUGUAGCUUUGAGGGGCAGAUAGAGCGAUGGCAAGACACCCUCCCUCAACCCAUUGCUUCUUGUUUUGACAAAUCAUUGGAUUUGUCCAUGGUCAGUGAGCUUCAACUAGCACCCUGGCUACGCUCGGCCAACAUAAAACUGCGCAUCUACCGCCCAUUCCUAUAUUGUCUUGCACACAGGAGAGACAAAUGCUGGCCGGUUGAUGAUGCCGUACGACAGCUGGCCCAAAAGGCGGUACUAUUAUGCCUCGACCCUUUGUUCAACUUUGGAUUGAGGCAUAGAGACGCUGGCAUGUGGUUCAGGUGUCGCGAGACAGCUUGUCGAGCACUGAUACUCAUCUGUGCAGGCAAAGUUGGGCUUUUGCAGAAGAUGGAUCUUGAGCGACACGCGCAAGAAACAUUGAAGGUGUGUCUUGCGCAUUUGCGGUAUUGGGAGACAGAGGCGGACGAUGUUAGAUUGGCCCGUCAGGCUCUUGAGAAGGCCAUUUCAUGA